CUUGCAGAGGCCAAGGAGCAGGUGCUGGCGAACCUGGCCAACUUCGCCUACGAUCCCAAAAACUACGAGUACCUCCGGCAGCUUCAGGUCCUGGAUCUGUUCCUCGAUACCCUCACUGAAGACAACGAGACCCUGGUGGAGUUUGCAAUUGGUGGUCUCUGUAACCUCUGCCUGGAUAAAACUAACAAAGACUACAUCCUGGAGGCCAACGGGGUAGAACCCAUCAUCAACUGCCUCUCCAGCUCCAACGAGGAGACGGUCAUGUCGGCAGUCACGACGCUGAUGUACCUGACAACGCCGCAGUCGCGCCAGCAGACCACGGCUCUGCCGGUGGUGGAGUGCAUGCUUCGCUUCUCCCUCUCAGCCAGCAGAAGGCUCAGCAAUCUGGCAACCGUCUUCCUGGAGGAUUACUGCACGCAGCUGCAAGUGGAAGAGGCCAGGAAUCUAAGCAAACACACCGCGGUGGGGAUUCCUCUCCCCAAGGACUGA